UUGGGCGCAUCCGGUGGACCCGCUGACCUGGUCCAGCCUGCCAGUUCACGCACCGCCACCCUUAACCGGGAAACCGCGGAGACGAAGAUCUCGCUGACCGUAAAUUUGGACGGCCAGGGAAAUUAUGAAGUUGAUACGGGGAACGGGUUCCUGGACCACAUGGUGAGCCAAAUUGCCCGGCACGGAUUGUUUGACAUAAGCUUGCAGGCACGCGGCGAUGUCCACGUGGGGUGGCACCAUUUGGUGGAAGACGUGGGCAUUCUGCUGGGCCGUGCCUUCCAUGAGGCGUUGGGAGAAGUGCGUGGCAUCCGGCGCAUGGGUCACGCCAUAGUUCCCCUGGACGAGACCCUGGUAAUGGUGGCCCUGGACCUGAGCGGCAGAAGUUAUGCGGUCGUGGAAACGACGCUUGACGACACCAUGGUGGAAACUCUCUCUGGAGACUUGGUGCGGCAUUUCUUUGAGUCUUUUGCCCUGGAAGGCAGAAUUAACCUUCAUGCCAAGGUUUUGACUGGUGUGAGCCCUCAUCACAAGGCCGAAGCCCUCUGCAAAGCGCUGGCCCGCGCCCUGCGGGAUGCGGUGGAAUACGACCCCAGGGCUACCGGGCAGGUUCCCAGUACCAAGGGAACGCUGGAAACGGGUUAA